CCACGUGCUUAAACCAUGCUUUACUUGCUAUGCUCAGAAGGCCAUGUUACAAUAUUGAACUGGCAAGGAAGCGGCCCCCGGAAGACUAGAGCUGGCACCAAAAAGAAAUCCAGAAUGGCCGGAGUGAAGAUAACUCAGUUCACUGAAGACAUCCCCAAAGGAUGCAGCACGCCAGACUUCGAGCGCAAACCCAUCCCCUUAACAAUACAAGAAGGUAAAACAGCCAUAUUUAAAGCUGUGCCCAGUGGGGAUCCCAAGCCUGAGGUGACCUGGAGGAGGGCUAAGGGAGAUAUGGAUGACCCUAAAAAGUUCAAAUUCACUUACGACAAAGUCCUGAAUGAGUACAGUUUACAGGUGAUCAAAGCUAACGGAGACGAUGCAGAUACCUACAGAUGCUAUGCCAGCAAUGAGUACGGAGAGGCGGUGUGCACUGUGACGCUGAUUAUUAUUGAGCUUGGGCUUAAGAAGAAGACUAAACCUGAGACUAAUAACGCUGGAAGCAAGGACCCUACAGAGUUCAGAAAGCUGUUGAAGAAAACGACUUGUACCAGAGUCAAACAGGAGAAGAUGUCAGAGGAAAAAAUGUGGGAGCUCCUGAUGAGCGCAGAUAAGAAGGACUACGAGCGGAUCUGCAUUGAGUACGGCUACACAGACUUCCGUGGCAUGCUCACUAAACUGAACCUGAUGAAGAAGGAGAGAGAGGAAGAGCAGGCCAAGUACAUUGAAGCCAUCAGUAACCUAAGACAUAUCCAAGUAAACAGUGAAGGCUCGGCAGAGUUUGAAAUUGAGAUGGAGCUCAAAGAUCUCAACAGCAGGAUAUUCCUGUACAAGGAUGGGGUGAUGAUUCCUUAUAGCACCGAUAUGGAGAUGAAGCACAACCUGAAAAAGUUUGGCAAAAAGUACAUCUUCUCGAUCAACAGCCUAAUGCCAGAAGAUGCAGGGUUAUACCAGGUGGAUGUGGAGAGUACCAAUGUCUUCUCCACUGACCUGCCAACAAAGUUUAUACCUGUGAACUUUGCGAGUCCGCUGAAGGAGGUGAAGUGCAAAGAGCGUGACGACGUCAUGUUUGAGUGCAUUAUCACCCACCCCCUCCCCAAACUGGUCUGGAUGUUCAAGAACAAGCAACUCGAGGCCGGGGAGAAGUUUCAGUUUGCAGUGUCGGAGGAUAAGCUCACUCACAGGAUGGUGGUGAAGGACGUCAUGCCUGUAGACAAGGGUAUCUACUCAGUGGCGGCUGGCAUUCGCUCCUCUAGCGCCUGGCUCCUGGUGGAAACUGAAGAAAGCAUGGACCCGAGUAUCCAAGGCAAGAAGAAGCCAAAAAAAGGCCAGGCGAUUGAUAUAAAUGCAGGGCUUACAAACCAGCCAGUUGAUGGGAUCCUGUAUAACUUCUUGAAGUCUCUCGGGGAUGGGUCUGGGGCUGGUGAUGGUGCAGGGUUAGGGUCUGGGGGACAGAAUAGCACAGAUGGACUAGAUGGCAGUGACGGAUUGGGAAAGGAGGGUGCUGGGAUGGGUGGCAAAGGGGGUUUAGGAGAUGGGCAAGCUGGUCAAGGAGGAAUGGGAGAUGGGAAAGGAGGAAUGGCGGGGCUAGGAAUUGGAAAGGGCAGCCUUGGAGAUAAGGGUGAGUUAGGAGAUGGAAAGGGCAGUCUUGGAGGCGGGGGGCUAGGAGAUGGACAGGGCAGCCUUGGAGGCAAGGGUGGACAGUUGGGGCUAGGAGAUGGACAGGGUGGCAUUGGAGGCAAGGGUGGACAGAUGGGGCUAGGAGACGGACAGGGUAGCCCUGGAGGCAAGGGUGGGCAGGGGGGGCUAGGAGAUGGACAGGGCAGCCUUGGAGGCAAGGGUGGACAGAUGGGGCUAGGAGAUGGACAGGGCGGCCUUGGUGGUAAGGGUGGACAGAUGGGGCUAGGAGAUGGACAGGGCGGCCUUGGAGGCAAGGGUGGACAGAUGGGGCUAGGAGAUGGACAGGGCAGCCUUGGUGACAAUUCCAAAUGGACAGGGCGGGGCCUUGGUGAUGGUGGACAGAUGGGGCUAGGAGAUGGACAGAACGGCAUUGUAGGCAAGGGUGGACAGAUGGGGCUAGGAGAUGGACAGGGCAGCCUUGGUGGUAAGGGUGGACAGAUGGGGCUAGGAGAUGGACAGGACGGCAUUGUAGGCAAGGGUGGACAGAUGGGGCUUGGAGUCCUUGGGAAUGGCUCAGGAGCAAAAGCUGGGAGGGGGCUAGGUGAUGGUUCAGUCCUUGGCAAAGUAGGAGCUGGAGGUUUAGGUGUAGAUGGAACAGGCUCUGGGCUGGGUGGAUCUGGGUUAUCUGGAGAUGGGACAGGCCAGGGUGGUCUUGGGAGGUCUGGACACUCUGGAUCAGGAGGAAAGGAUGGAUCAGCGCUGGAUGUCAGCGGACUUACAGAUGACCAGAACAGGAAAAACAGGCGAGCAGGACGCGGCCCCCUGAUUGAAGAUACCAUCACUGAGCCGGUGGUCCAUUUCACCAGAGGGCUUUUUGAUAUCCAAGCUCGAAAGGGCCACUCAGCUGAGCUGGCCUGUGCUUUGAGCAGUGCAGAGUCAGAUGGUACUUGGUUUAAAGAUGGUGUAAAACUGCAGUCCAGCGAAGGGUUGAGCGUCUGUAAAGACGGCUCCGUCCACAAGCUGGUCUUCUCUAACAUCCAAGACUCAGACGCUGGAAAGUAUCGCUUUGAGGCAGAGGGACACAAAACUGAAUCACAUGUCGUUGUGACAGAUCCUCCGGAGAUUGACAAGGAAGAGUUGGCUCGACUGGCAAAGGAGCCCCUGGUGGUGAAGGCGGGGCAAAAUGCUGCGAUCAAGGUGCCGUUCAGUGGCCGGCCACCCUUCAAGGUGUCCUGGUACAAGGAUGCAGACGAGCUGUCAGAAGACAACCGCACAGUCGUGGAGAAGGGGCCCGACCACACCCGCCUGCUCAUUGGCAAAUGCCAGCGCAAGGACUCCGGCGAGCUCAAACUCAAGCUGAAGAACGAAAGUGGCACCGCUGAGGCUGUCACCAAGCUCAUCGUUCUAGACAAGCCUACGCCACCCCAGGGCCCAGUGGAAGUGCUGGACAGCUCCGCUAAUCGCAUCGAGAUCAAAUGGAGGCCCCCUCGGGACAAUGGCGGGAAACCCAUUGAGAAGUACAUCCUGGAGAGGCAGCAGGUGGGACGCAACACCUGGAUGAAGAUGGGCGAAGUCUCUGGUGACACGACCACCUUCGCCACAGACAAGGUGGAGCACGGCAAGAAAUACUGCUUCCGAAUUUGGGCCACCAGCACUGAGGGGAUCAGCGAUGCCCUGGAGACUGAUGACAUCACUGCCGGUACCAAAGCCUUCCCCGGACCUCCAGCCCCACCAAAGGUAGUUGCUACCUCUUGCAAAUCCAUCACCCUCUCCUGGUCUCCCCCGCACAACACAGGAGGCACCCGAAUCGCUUGCUACAUCCUGGAAAAGCGGAAAAAGGGGAGCAGCAUCUGGUCAGCUGCCACAGAAGAGCCCAUUAAAGGCUUGAAGCACACAGUGACUGAUGUGGUGGAAGGGAUGCAGUACGAGUUCCGCGUGGCAGCGGUCAACGUCUCUGGGACAGGCGAGCCCAGCGUCCCUUCUGACUUUGCCUUUGCCCGGGACCCCAUGAAGCCCCCAGGCAUGGUGAACGACUUCAAAGUGACUGACUCUACAUACACCACCCUGUCUCUGUCCUGGUCCAAGCCCAGCACCGAUGCAGGCGAUGAGGCUAAGGGCUACUAUGUGGAAGUGAUGCCUGAGGACAGCGGCACCUGGCUGCGUUACAACUCGUCUCCCACCAACACCACCUCAUACACCAUCAAGGGACUCAAGUCCAUGCAGAUGUACUUUGUGCGGGUGAUUGCUGUCAAUGACGGAGGGCUAGGGGAGCCCAAAGAGCUGGAUAACUACAUAAUUGCUAUGCCACCACCAGUGAGACCACGCUUCCUCAAUGAAUCCAGCCUCAAAAGCUUCAUGGUGGUAAAGGCGGGCAACACUAUUCGGGUUAACAUUAACUUCGAGGCCUCCCCGAUUCCAGACGUGAUCUGGAUGAAAGGUGGCUCUUCCGUGUCCAAGCGAGCCACGAUCACCAACGCAGACGGACUGUCCCAGCUCCUGAUCCCCACAUCCGAACAUUCCGACUCCGGGGUCUACACCAUCAUGGUUAAGAAUUACUUCGGCCAGGAGUGCUUCAGCUUUGAGAUUUGCGUUACAGACGACCCAAAGCCUCCAGGUCCGGUUGAGCUGGAUGAGAAGGUCCCAGGCACAGUGACAAUAUCCUGGGAGCCCUCUCCGGAUGAAAAGCGGGAUGAGCAGCUGCACUAUCUGGUGAUGAAGCGGGACUCCAGCAAACCGUCCUGGCACAUGGUGGCAGACAACAUCUUCAACAACAAGUUCACAGCAGUCAUCGUGAGCGACCGCCAGUAUUACUUCAGGGUCUUUGCCAAGAACGACAUUGGCAUCAGCACAGCCUCCGACUCCCCGGCCUGGGGCAUCACCAAGCAAAAAGAAAAAUUUACAGUGAAGAUGCCCAUCUACAAGCAGACUGAUCCAAGGCAGGCCCCAAAGUUUACCAUACGGCUGAAGAACCACACAGUGCCGCGUGGGUACCCGUGCAACAUGAGCUGUGCCGUGAAGGGCAACCCAGCGCCAACUGUCACCUGGUACCGCAACAACAUCAGCAUCAUGGAUAACGCGCAGUACUACACUUCAAACAUCUGCGGAGUCUGCUCUAUGCUUAUCUCCAACGUCAGCCCCAAAGACAGUGGCGAAUACAGCGCCAUAGCUGAGAACUGCAUGGGCAGAGCUGAGUGCACCACCAGACUCAACGUUACAGAAUAAAACUGCAGCCAUGCAGUAGAGAAUUGGCCUGCUUCCUUUCUGUGCUCUCUUUUCUAACUAUACCAUUUCCCGAAAUUCCUGCAAAGCUUGAGUUUUCUGUAGAAAUAAGUAAUCAACUAAAUGAAAAUGAUUUAUGUAUAUAGUUUAACACUUGCUCUUGUGUGAUACUGUAUGGGCAAUGUAAUGAAAUUAUGAAUUAGCCAUGCAUGUGUUGGAGGCGUGUGAAGUUUGGUUGCAGAUGAGAAAGAUUUCAGUUGGAGCCUUCAGUGCAUGAUAAGUAUAUGAUGAAGUUUUUACAAGCGGAUGAGUUCUCAUUAGUUAGGUAUUUCAUGCAUAUGGGAAAUCUCUUACAAGAGAGUAUAAGAGAUAUGCAUGCCUGACUGCAGUUGCUUUCUAUCAUUACAUGUAUGACUAAAUUGUAUUUUUGUAAUUGCGCACACAAUUUACAAUGAUCAUGAACAAUUUAUGGAUUUUUUUCAGGUUGACUCACAAGGAAUAAAGUUAACAGGGUCUUACUCUGACUAGACACCAUAACUAAACCUUAGAUGAGUCUGAUACUGUACCUUGGCACAUGCAAGUUCAGUUCUAUGCCUGCUGUUUCUACAGUACUGAGUGCUGUGGAAACUUGUGGCUAUUUGCACUGCUGGCUUCAGUAGUGGAGAUGGUGUUUGGGGCUCCAGGUAGGUGAACAGUAAACCAGAGGCACCACAAGUGUCUGGGCUGAGCCACAGUAUCUAGAAAACAAAUGAGUCUUUUGCUUUAAGUUUUAAACAACAGGUAGAUUGUCUUUACCUUUUGUUACAUACCCAUCAAAACAUACAUGCACGGUAGACUCAAGCAAAGUGCUGAUUUAGGGGUCUAGUGGCUCGCCUGGUAGAAGCACAGCCACAUGGUACGCAGGGCUAGUCGUACAACGCGGGUUCGUGUCUUCACUGGGGACUCCGAAGCGAUCGUUGCAUUGGCUCUGGCGCUCCCGUGGGUUAGGGAGGUAAAACCUGCAGGGGCUGUUUCUCCUCAUCGCUCUACAGCAAACACUACUGGCCAGAUGCCCAGUGUGCUCAGAGCGGACCCCUGCAGGGCUGGCAUUUUUCCCUGGGUGAUAAAGGAAGUCAGCUUGGUCGUGGGAUUGGAGGAUGCCCACUGAAUCUUAGUGUCUCCUGAGCCAUGUGGGGAAUUGCUCCGGUGAGGAGAAAAGUGAUUGAGCAUUCCAAAUUGGGAGAAAAUCAGGGGGGGGGGAAUUAUAAUUGGACAUACUAAAUUAAAAAAAAAAGAAAGUUCGUAGCCACUAUAGAAGAAAUUGCAAACGAACAGAAUCGUUUUAAAUAUGCUUUGAGUUUUAAUAUAUGAUCAGAAUUAAUUACUUUUGAAAUUAAUCUUGUUGUAUCCAAUAUUUUGCUCACCUUUUUAUGCAGCUAAUUUAUAAAUGUAUGUGAUUAUUUAUUUUAAGGAGCAGUUGAUAGAUUCCAUCAGAUUGCAUCCCUGCUUUCUGUUUUUGUGCAGUGACUGACAGCUGGAGUGUCGCUUUCUGAUUGUUACACUUGAAUGUUAAUGAAUUAAACGACUGUACAGCGAUGACUUGUCAUUGGAAAUUGCAUCAAAGUUUAUGAAAAUAAAUAUUAAAAUGAAAAAAAAA